AUGCAAAAAGGAAAUAAUGAGAAGAUAUCUCCGACUGCUGGGCUUAAUGGACCCCAAACACCAACGUCUAGUCCAGCGAGAAGAUCAAGCAAUCAAACUCCCCGUCAAAUUUCAUCGCGUCCAAGGUCAUCUAUUGGAUUGCCAACUACACCAUUAAGGUUAAACCAAGUUGUCAGAAAGGAAAACAGUCCUCUUUUGUCCAAUUCACAUGGACCUUUUAAUUCUCCAAUGAGGUCGCCAUAUCUCAAAAAUUUUAGUGCAAAACUUCCUGGGUCAGCAAAUGUUAAGGUUGUCGUUCGUGUUCGGCCCUUUCUACCUAGAGAAAUUGAAAAGGGUGCAUCCAACCUGAUUGUUAUGGAUUCAGCUAACAACUCAACAACCAUUCUUCCUCCACCCCCUUUAUCACCGUCUUCCUUAUCUCAAACAAACAGUAGAUCCCGACGAAAUUAUGAAUCCAAGACUUUUACGUUUGAUCAUUCUUUUUAUUCGGCGGACCCCGAGUCUAAAGAUUUUGCCACACAAGAUAUAAUUUACGAAAAAGUUGGGAAAGAGUUUUUAGAUCAUAACAUGGAAGGAUACCAUACUUGUAUAUUUGCGUAUGGCCAAACUGGGUCAGGUAAAUCGUAUACCAUGAUGGGUACAGAAGAAACCCCAGGCCUUAUUCCUAGAACUUGUCAAGAUUUAUUUAAAAGAAUUAAAGCUGUGACUAGUGCAGACACCCAGUGCACUGUUCGAGUUUCAUAUUUUGAGGUAUACAAUGAGCAGGUACGAGAUCUUCUUGUUCCCCCAGCUAAAGAUGGAAGCCAUCAACGCCUUCGGGUUCGCGAAUCACCAACGGAAGGUCCAUAUGUUGAGAAUCUAUCUGAGUUCGCAGUCCAGUCUGUUAUGGAAGUCGACAAGUAUAUGGAAAUGGGAAACAAAAAUAGGGCUGUUGCAUCGACAAAAAUGAAUGAUCAGUCUAGUAGAUCACAUGCCGUAUUCACUCUUGUUGUUAAGCAAGUCAUUAGUGAUCCAGUAACUGAUUCAACCGAAGAAAAGACAGCUAGAAUACGAUUAGUGGAUUUGGCUGGUUCAGAAAGAGCACUGGCCACUGGUGCCACAGGACAAAGAUUACGAGAAGGAUCAAAUAUUAAUAAAUCAUUAACUACUCUUGGUCGUGUAAUUGCUGCUCUUGCUAUUGAUAGCACAAAAGAUGAUAGCAAUAGACCUGAGACAGUUGUUCCUUAUCGUGAUUCUGUUCUCACAUGGAUUCUUAAAGAAAGUCUGGGAGGAAAUAGUAAAACUGCCAUGGUGGCCUGUAUUUCGCCAACAGAUUAUGAAGAAACCCUGUCAACACUUCGGUAUGCUGAUCAAGCAAAGAGUAUUAGAACGAGAGCAGUUGUGAACCAUGAUAUUGUUUCUGCUGCAGAUAGAGAUAAGCUACUUGCAGAAAUGCAAGAACGUAUCAAUAGCUUACAAUUAUCACUCAUGGAAUCAACUGCUGCUGCUGCCGCUGCCGCAAACAGCAUUAAUAACGAAGAUUUAGCAAAACAAAAAGAAUCUGAUCGCAACAAUUACUUGGAGAAAGUUAAAGGAGUCAUUAGGUUUUACGAAGAUAAGGCAAUUACUGAAGAAACCAAAAGAAGAGCCAUUCAGUCCGAAAAUGAAGCAGUUAAACGUCAUAAUCGUUUAUUGAUUGAACAUCUUAAAGAAGUGACAAAUAAGACUCUUGGAAACCAAUUUGUUUUUGCAGAUGACGAAGAAAAGGCAGAAUGUAUUGAUGAGGGAAACAAUGAUAAACCUCAUGUAUCAAGCUUAGAUUUUGGGAAUUUACAAAAAACUCCAAAAAGGCUUUCCUUUCUGAGGCCCCAGGUAACUUACGAAGAGCUUGAAAAUGAAAUUAAUGACAUCUUAAAAGAUUUAAAGUCAUUUAAAAGUAAUUUGAUUAUUGAUAUCAAUACUUAUCAAAAAAAGCCUCAUUUAAUAUCCACGUAA